AUGGUAAAUGAGGCCUGGCUCAAAGAUCCACCAUAUUCUGCCAACAACCUUGUCUGCCCGCCUGCCCGCCUGCCUGCCUGCCUGCCUACCUGCCUGCCUGCCUGCCUACCCUGCCUGCCUACCUGCCUACCCUGCCUGCCUACCCUGCCUGCCUACCUGCCUGCCUACCUGCCUGCCUACCCUGCCUGCCUACCUGCCUGCCUGCCUACCUGCCUGCCUACCCUGCCUGCCUACCCUGCCUGCCUACCCUGCCUGCCUACCCUGCCUGCCUACCUGCUUGCCUACCUGCCUACCCUGCCUGCCUACCAUCCUCUGCUUCCUCCAAGGUACGGUCUUCUCAUCCUCCCCAUCACCCUGGAGCCUCAGCCAGACACCGUCAGAGACAUCAGGCUACAUCUACUGCUCCUGUCUCUGCCUCUGUCCCUCCUGAGUGGGAACCUCCCUCUGCUGCGCCCCAGCCCGCCCCAAGACCUGAUUCCCAGACUCCGGGUCCCAGUUUCGCCGUCCCAUGACCUGCUAAGAAGCCUAGACAAACAGAUCACAGAGCUCCUGAACGAGGAUGCUAUCGUUGUGGUCCCGGAGGAAUUGAAACACAGCGGAUUCUAUUCCCCAAAGAAGAUGGGCGGUGUCAAACCAAUUUUGGAUCUGCGCACACUGAACGAGUACGAGGAGGUGGUAUAUGGGAGAGUGGAGGAAGACCCCCUGGAGGCGCAAACCCGGAGGUCGCCCCAAGACCUUUUUGGUGGAGUGCUACGGGGCGUGGACCAGUGGGGAGAAGUCAAGCCCCUCAGCCGGCAGGAGGAGGUAGUCAAGGAGCUCCUACAGGAGAUGCAGAGGACGGAGAGGACGGGUCCCUGCUACCACCCCGCGGCCUACCCCGCGGCCUACCCCGCGGCGCCCUGCUUCCCCAGCUGCUGCUCCGCAGUCGGCUUUACGCCCGGUGCCAGGUCCAAGGCGCCUGGUGUUCACAGCGCCCCGUACUGCCUGGAAGCCGCAGCCAGUGCCGCCAACGCCCCCUGCUGCUCGAGAGCCGCAGCCAGCGCCCCCUGCUACCCGGGAGUGGCAGCCAGCGCCCCCUGCUCGCCGGCUCCCCCGGCUCCUGCUCCUUCACCGGCUGUCGACCCCCCGCCGGCUCCCCCGGCUCCUGCUCCUCCGCCGGCUCCUGCUCCUCCGCUGGUUCCUACUCCUCCCCCGGCUCCUGCUCCUCCGCCGGAUGCUGACCCGCCGCCGGCUCCUAUUCCUCCGCCGGCUCCCCCGUCUCCUAUUCCUCUGCCGGCUCCUAUUCCUCCACCGGCUCCUAUUCCUCCGCCGGCUCCCCCGGCUCCUACUCCUCCGCCGGCUCUUCCGCCGGCUCCGGGCCCUCCGCCGGCUCCCCCGGCUCCUGCUCCUCCGCCGGCUCCUACUCCUCUGCCGGCUCUUCCGCCGGCUCCUGACCCUCCGCCGGUUUCCCCGUCUCCUACUCCUCCGCCAGCUCUUCCGCUGGCUCCAGGCCCUCCGCCGGCUUCCCCAUCUCCUGCACCUCCGCCGGCUCCUAUUUCCCCGCCGGCUCCCCAGGCUCCUGCUCCUCCGCCGGUUCCUACUCCUCCGCCGGCUCCUGACCCUCCGCCGGUUUCCCCGUCUCCUGCUCCUCCGCCGGCUCCUGCUCCCCCGCCGGCCGUCAACCCUCCGCCGGCUCCCCCGGCUCCUGCUCCUCCGCCGGCUGCUGACCCGCCGCCGGCUCCUAUUCCUCCGCCGGCUCCCCCGUCUCCUAUUCCUCUGCUGGCUCCUAUUCCUCCGCCGGCUCCCCCGGCUCCUACUCCACCGCCGGCUCUUCCGCCGGCUCCUGACCCUCCGCCCGUUUCCCCGUCUCCUACUCCUCCGCCGGCUCUUCCGCCGGCUCCAGACCCUCCGCCGGCUCCCCCGGCUCCUUCUCCUCCGCCGGCUCCUAUUCCCCCGUCGGCUCCCCCGUCUCCUGCUCCUCCGCCGGCUCUUCCGCCGGCUCUUCCGCCGGCUCCUGACCCUCCGCCGGUUUCCCCGUCUCCUACUCCUCCGCCGGCUCUUCCGCUGGCUCCUAUUCCCCCGCCGGCUCCCCCGUCUCCUGCUCCUCCGCCUGCUCCUACUCCUCCGCCGGCCCUUCCCGGCCCUCCGCCGGCUCCCUCGGCUCCUGCUCCUCCGCCGGCUGUCGACCCUCCGCCGGCUCCCCCGGCUCCUGCUCCUCCGCCGGUUGUCGACCCACUGCCGGCUCCCCCGGCUCCUGCUCCUCCGCCGGCUCCUAUUUCCCCGCCGGCUCCCCCGUCUCCUGCUCCUCCGCCUGCUCCUACUCCUCCGCCGGCCCUUCCCGGCCCUCCGCUGGCUCCCUCGGCUCCUGCUCCUCCGCCGGCUGUCGACCCUCCGCCGGCUCCCCCGGCUCCUGCUCCUCCGCCGGUUGUCGACCCACUGCCGGCUCCCCCGGCUCCUGCUCCUCCGCCGGCUCCUAUUUCCCCGCCGGCUCCCCCGUCUCCUGCUCCUCCGCCUGCUCCUACUCCUCCGCCGGCCCUUCCCGGCCCUCCGCUGGCUCCCUCGGCUCCUGCUCCUCCGCCGGCUGUCGACCCUCCGCCGGCUCCCCCGGCUCCUGCUCCUCCGCCGGAGAAAAAUAAGACAGCCCUGAUGCUGACUGAUUUCUGA